AUGACCAAGAUGAACAUGACCAAGGUGAACAUGACCAAGAUGAACAUGACCAAGGUGAACAUGACCAUGGUGAACAUGACCAAGGUGAACAUGACCAAGGUGAACAUGACCAUGGUGAACAUGACCAUGGUGAACAUGACCAUGGUGAACAUGACCAAGGUGAACAUGACCAUGGUGAACAUGACCAAGGUGAACAUGACCAAGGUGAACAUGACCAAGGUGAACAUGACCAUUGUGAACAUGACCAAGGUGAACAUGACCAAGGAGAACAUGACCAAGGAGAACAUGACCAAGGAGAACAUGACCAAGGUGAACAUGACCAAGGUGAACAUGACCAAGGUGAACAUGACCAAGGUGAACAUUACCAAGGUGAACAUGACCAAGGUGAACAUGACCAAGAUAAACAUGACCAAGGUGAACAUGACCAAGAUAAACAUGACCAAGGUGAACAUGACCGAGGUGAACAUGACCAAGGUGAACAUGACCAAGAUAAACAUGACCAAGGUGAACAUGACCAAGAUAAACAUGACCAAGGUGAACAUGACCGAGGUGAACAUGACUAAGGUGAACAUGACCAAGGUGAACAUGACCAAGGUGAACAUGACCAUGGUGAACAUGACCAAGGUGAACAUGACCAAGGUGAACAUGACCAAGGUGAACAUGACCAAGAUGAACAUGACCAAGGAGAACAUGACCAAGGUGAACAUGACCAAGGUGAACAUGACCAAGGUGAACAUGACCAAGGUGAACAUGACCAAGGUGAACAUGACAAAGGUGAACAUGACCAAGGAGAACAUGACCAAGGUGAACAUGACCAAGGUGAACAUGAUAAAGAAGAAGCUUGAGGAGAAAUAA